GGAAAGUGGAAAAGAGCUUCUGCAAACCGAAGACGAAACGAGAUAUGCUUCUACAGAGUGCAGCUCAAGACCUAUCUUCCUCUGCUUUCACCAUUGCCACUGCUUCCACCUUCUUCUCUUUUAACGCUAAACAAAACCUCAUUCUCACUGCUCCCAUGCGCACUGCCUUCUCCUCUUCCAUUAGGGCUUUUCGCUUUGUCGCCUUCUCUCCUUCUCUCCGAAACCUUUUCUCCGAUUCCUCGCCCCAAACUAUUUUACCCUUCAAUCGAAACCGUAACCGUCGAUUAUCUCUCUUUCAGCCGUCUUCGGCGGCUUCUGCUUCGACUGCAUCGCUUCAGCAGUUGUUGAGUGAAGAUGAGAGGGUUAGAGUUGAGGAGAGUUGGGAUUUGGUUACUGAGAGUGAAAAAGAGGUUUUUGAUUUUGAUGCUGCGUCGGCCGCCAACGAUUUCAAGCAUUUGGAGUCCCCUUCGUUUGAAGUGAAGGAACUGGAAGAGCUUCCGGAGCAGUGGAGGAGAUCGAGGUUGGCGUGGCUGUGUAAGGAAUUGCCGUCGCAUAAGCCAGCGACCCUUAUUCGGAUACUUAAUGCGCAGCGGAAGUGGAUGACUCAGGAAGAUGCUACUUAUGUUACUGUUCAUUGUAUGAGGAUUCGUGAGAAUGAGGCCAGCUUCAGGGUGUACAAAUGGAUGAUCCAACAGCACUGGUUUCGGUUUGAUUUUGCACUAGCUAGUAGACUAGCAGAUUUUAUGGGCAAGGAGCGAAAAUUUUCGAAGUGUCGGGAGAUAUUUAAUGACAUAAUCAAUCAGGGUAAGGUGCCCAGUGAAUCUACAUUCCAUAUUCUGACUGUUGCAUAUCUCAGUGCACCUAUUCAAGGUUGUCUGGAGGAAGCAUGUGGCAUUUACAACCGCAUGAUUCAGUUUGGAGGCUACCAACCCCGCCAUAGUUUACACAAUUCUCUUUUUAAAGCUCUCACUAGUAAACCUGGAGGUGCAUCAAAAUGUUAUUUAAAGCAGGCGGAGUUCAUUUUUCAUAACUUGGUAUCAUCUGGACUUGAGAUACACAAGGAGAUUUAUGUUGGUCUGAUAUGGCUCCACAGUUAUCAGGAUAAUAUUGAUAGAGAAAGGAUAAUAGAACUGAGGAAAGAGAUGCAAGAGGCAGGAAUCAAAGAGGGAACAGAUGUUCUUCUAUCCCUAUUGAGAGCUUGCUCCAAAGAAGGAGACACAGAGGAAGCAGAAAGAACUUGGCUAAAACUCCUGAAGUCUGAAUGUAGUCUCCCUUCUCAAGCUUUUGUUUAUCGCAUGGAAGUCUAUUCAAAAGUCGGAGAACCUAUGAAAUCGUUGGAGAUAUUCAGAGGGAUGCAGGAGCAUUUGGGGUCUACCAGUGUUGUGGCAUAUCAUAAGAUCAUAGAGGUGAUGUGUAAAGCCCACGAAAUGGAAGCUACAGAAACCCUAAUGGAUGAGUUCCAAAAUAGUGGUCUAAAGCCCCUUAUGCCAUCUUUUGUUGAUCUAAUGGGUAUGUACUUCGAUUUGAGCUUGCACAACAAAGUGGAGUCAACUUUCAUCCAGUGCCUUGAGAACUGCCAUCCCAAUCGAACUAUUUACAAUAUAUACUUGGAUUCAUUGGUAAAAAUUGGUAAUAUUGGUAAGGCCGAGGAGAUCUUCAACCGAAUGCUCAAUGAUGUGAUGAUUGGUGUCAACACUCGGGCAUGCAAUGUCAUCUUAGGGUUGUAUCUCUCUUCUGGAGAGCAUGUGAAGGCAGAAAAGAUAUAUGACUUGAUGUGCCAAAAGAAAUAUGAUAUUGAAUCUCAAUUGAUGGAAAAAAUUGAUUAUAUUCUGAGCUUAAAGAGAAAGGUGGUUAGGAAGCCCAUAAGUCUAAAACUCAGCAAAGAACAAAGGGAGAUCUUGGUUGGCUUGCUAUUGGGUGGUUUGCAGAUAGAAUCGGAUGAAGAAAGGAGGAAUCAUGCACUCUAUUUUGAUUUCAGUGAAAACUCUAAUGUACAUUGUGUUCUAAAAAGACAUUUAUUUGAUCUGUACCAUGAGUGGUUACAUUUCUCUGGCAGGUCAAAUGAUGAGAGUGAUGACGUACCAAAUCGAUUCUCUACAAUUGCACAUACUUAUUUUGGCUUUUAUGCAGACCAGUUCUGGCCCAAAGGCCGCCCUAUGAUUCCGAAGCUCAUUCAUCGUUGGCUGUCACCUCGUGUUCUAGCAUACUGGUAUAUGUAUGGGGGCCUCAGAUCAUCCUCAGGGGAUAUUUUACUGAAACUAAAGGGUGGUAGUGAGGAAGGUGUUAAAACAAUUGUCAAGACAUUAAAAGAAAAAUCAUUGGACUGCAGGGUCAAGAAGAAGGGUAAAGUGUUUUGGAUUGGUUUCCUGGGAAGCAAUUCUGUCUGGUUCUGGAAACUUACAGAACCUUACAUUCUGGAUGGCUUAAAAGAUCUUCUAAAAGCAGAUGGCCACUCCUUGGAAGGUGAAAUGGCUGAAGACCAAAGCAUCAGCUUCAAUACCGAGUCUGAUUCAGAUGAGGGCUUCUAACUACAGCAGUAAGAAUGAUCUUCAGGACAGCCAUUAGUACAUGUAGAUGCUAACACAAAUGUACACAUGUUUAUAUUAUUUUAGUUACUAAAGCUUGAAACAGCAAUUGCAAAUCUGAGUCCCACAUCUCUUUCUUGCCACGCUGACCAAUUCAUAGUGGCAGCUUUUGGGAGAGAUCAAAAAGAUGCUUCUCCAAGGCAUAGAGGUUAAGUUUCUCCAUGGUUAAAUUAAUGAAUGAUUUUUCAGUGAUUUGCUAAAUUAGUCCAAUUCUAAAAGGGGUUGUAGUGUUAAAUUCUUCAUGCUCUUUAGAUUGUUAAAUCACAAGACCUGAGUUUUCCUUGUUUAUUGGUGAUUAUUAUUAUCAUUACCAUUGUAUAUAAUAUGAAAAUUAAACUGGAUGUUACUGCA